AUGCCCCAGCCAAUUCCUCACCGCGCCAUGGACCAACAACGGCAUGUUUCCACUCCAACUGAGCUUCCUGCCAACGCGCCGACACCGCAACGAGCCACCUUCGUGGAUCCCGCCAUUCUACGCUACGGCAAUGCAUCCCCUACUCGCGCUGCAUCAGCAUCCAACGCACCGGAGCUUGAAACGCCGAUCAAGUCACUUCUGGCAAAGGCUGCGGCCAAUCUGCCCAGCCCUAGCUCGCCGUUCAUUGCGGAUGCAGGCAAGGCGAACGCCAACAUCACACAGAAGCUUAAAGAAGCGGCCAACAGGCAAAAUCCAAGCAAGAGCCCUGUGCUACACAAUGACCCGGUAUCGACUGAGAACAAUUUGCACAACGCUGGUCCAGCUGAACCAGGGUCGAAGAAGAAAGCCAGGAGAGGGCCCAAGCCCAAGAAGCAGUCACAGGAUGUUGCAGAUCCGCCGCCCGUCAUGAACUCUGAAGUUUCAAGGAACGGAAACAAUAUGAAUGGUAGCGUGAAGAGAGGCAAGGGCUGGCGUAGCGGCCCUUUCUUACAACCUUCACCGCAGCCAAAUCUCGACCAGGCCAAUACCAAGAAGAGCAGACGGAAACAGCGGGAGGAAAUGGCCGCCAACGAGGCGCUUGGCGAUACCACUGGAAUUGAAGACAUGGGUGAAUUUGACUUCGUGGGCGAGCUCAGCAAGGUAGGUCUCUCAACCAGAGAUGGGUUAGGCAUUCAUCUGAUUCCACCCCAGUUCGAUAAGAAGAAAGUCUUCGAUGAGAUUCGCCAAGGCGACACGACCGCCGAUGAAGAUCGAUUGGUUAGUCACAAUCGAGUAGCUCGACCAGGCACUUACGGCGGCAAGAACCUCCACCCGAGCGAGCCUGUGCUAUCGCCCAAGGUCCAGCCCGUAAACGAUAGCAAGGAAGUUUCAAGUGCAAGCGAAGCAGAUACAGAGCUCAAUCUCGCCAAUGGACGUUCGUCGUCGAAGCACUCGACCUCGCGCCUACCGAAGUCCAAGCCAAGCAGACAAAACAGUGCCCAUGUCGAUAUCAAGCCUCAUCCACUGUCGGCUUCGGUGUCGUCCGACAGGAAUUUGAACCGCUCAACGACGUCGCUGAGAGGAAAAACUGGCUCUCUUGCGGCUUCAUCGCCGCGACCGGACAGAGCCAAUUCGCCGCACUCCGCAGUUUCCACGCGUGUGGCAGAUCAUGCGUCUCAUUUCGCUCUCCUGCCACAAAUGACCACCUGUCCGACAUUGCUGCCGCGCGCUCUGGAUAGCCUCGAAUUGGCAGCCGUAUCCUCUUUUGGUCUGACCUACGAUGCCAUUAUCGAAAUGUCCGCUAGGUCCAUAGUCGAGGCAGCUCUGCAGCUAUCGAAUGCAAGCCCCAGAAGACCCUCACGGACCACGACGUUCCGUGGCAGUGUCAGCGCUGGCGGUUCGUCCACUCUGAACGAUACUCCUGUCGCUGUCGUGCUGGCUGGCAACCAUUCUCUGGGUGCGCGUGCCCUUGCUGCUGGCCGGCACUUGCUUGGUCGCAAUUAUAGAGUCAUUCUGGCAGAGAGCCUUUUCGAGAGCGCAGACACUCAAGAUCCCCAUAUGAAGGCGCAGACGGGCAUAAUCAGGCGCAUGGCUAGAGGAGGUGCGAAUGCGAAGCGCGGUCUGUGGAAGAAGGCGUUCCAGCAUAUCAAGAAUCUUUCUGGUCCUCCGGCGGUGAUCAUCGAUGCACUUCUUUGUGGCUCGACCUAUGACUCUCUUCUGAGUCCAAAUGUAGCGCACAGCAUCGAUGCCCAAUCAGAGACCCGAGAGAUGAUUGAGUGGGCCAACCGUAGCAGGGCACCUGUUCUCUCGGUCGGAUGUCCCUCUGGAAUUUCGGGCAUCGAUGGUCUCUCUACCAUCGUGGACGGAGAACCACUUGCAGUAAGGCCAGACCACGUCAUUGCCCUCGGUGCGCCAAUGCAAGGCCUACUGAAGGCCAUGGAGAGCGGAGAGCGAUGGGAUAGUAUCAGCGUCGCAGACAUUGGCACCAACAUUGCUCUCCGAAGCGACGAGGCGGUUGCUUUCGGUGGUAGCUACGUCGCGGAGUUGAAGUUUGUUGGUGAAAACGAGAGCUGA